AUGUCGGUCUCCAUAUCUUUUGGGUCCUCGAGUACCUCUGAGACUGCUCGUUCGGAUCAAAUACAAGAAAAGGAUUCGGAAACGUACAUUCCGCAGACUCUGGUAAUGGGUAUCUUCCUGGCGAUGUUCGCAACCCAGAUGGCCAUCAAUGUUAUCCAAAUUAGGCGUUCGAGGCAACAGGACGCAGCAGAGGGUAGACCCGAUUUGAACUUGGGACAUAUAGAAACUAGGUUACCAAUUGAGCGAGAAGCUGAGCCGGGAGAAGUCGAUACGGACCCCGCUCGCGACGAGAUUGGAUGA